AUGGCGGCCCAAACGGCGACGGCCGACUCUCUCACCCUGCCCACGGCUCUACACUCGGGCAGUGGGGCCGAGUCCGCUGGUGCUGCUUCGUCGCAGAAACCGUCGGUGGUCAAGCAGUUUCGGGGUUGGGCCGGCAACUUCACUAGGUCCGGCCGUACGACACCGGGGAUUGGUGUGGCCAAAGACGCGGCGCCCAAGUGGUGGAAGGUUCACUUGUUUCGGGGUAUGGUCAAUGACAUCCGCCGGAGAGCACCGUAUUACUGGAGUGAUUGGCGCGAUGCUUGGGAUUAUCGGGUUGUGCCGGCGACGGUGUACAUGUAUUUUGCCAACAUCAUGCCGGCGUUGGCUUUCUCGCUGGACAUGUUCACCAAGACGGGCAUGCAGUAUGGAGUGAAUGAAGUGUUACUGGCAUCUGUCCUGGGUGCCGUUGUCUUUGCGAUUCUUGCGUGUCAGCCGUUGGUCAUAGUGGGAGUUACAGGUCCCAUCACUGUCUUCAACUACACCGUUUACGACAUCAUGCUUCCAACAGGGACCAAUUACCUAGCAUUCAUGUGCUGGAUCGGUCUAUGGUCCCUCGUAUUCCACUGGAUCCUAGCCAUUACCAACGCCUGCAACUGGCUAAAAUACGUGACACGCUUCCCCUGCGACAUCUUCGGCUUUUACGUCGCCUUCAUCUACCUGCAAAAGGGGGUCCAGGUGCUCGAGCGUUUCGGCAACGACUCGCCCUUCUACCUCUCCGUCAUGGUGGCGCUGCUGGUCUUCAUGAUCGCCUACGCUUGCGGUGAGCUCGGCAGCAGCCCGCUAUUCCGGCACCCAGUCCGAGUCUUCUUGAAGGAUUACGGCACGCCGCUGACCGUCAUCUUCUUCACUGGAUUUGUGCAUCUCGGGAGGAUGAAAGUCAUAGAGCUGGAAAAGCUGCCCACAAGUGCGGCUUUCUUCCCCACUGCGGAUAGGGGCUGGUUCGUCCACUUUUGGGAAAUCAGUGUUGGUGAGGUGUUUGUGGCUAUUCCGUUUGCCAUACUGCUUACGGUGCUGUUUUAUUUCGAUCAUAAUGUCUCGUCCCUCAUCGCCCAAGGUACCGAGUUCCCCCUACGCAAACCCGCCGGGUUCCACUGGGACCUAUUCCUCCUGGGCCUCACAACUGGCGUAGCCGGCCUCCUAGGCCUCCCCUUCCCCAACGGCCUGAUCCCUCAAGCCCCCUUCCACACCGAGUCCCUCUGCGUCACGAAAGUCGAAGCCGACACGGAAGAAAACGGCGAGGCAAAGGGCCAUUACACGUGGAAGCGCACCCACGUCGUCGAGCAGCGCCUCUCUAACCUAGCCCAGGGGCUUCUAACCCUAGGCACCAUGACGGGCCCCCUACUCGUCGUCUUGCAUCUUAUUCCCCAGGCCGUCCUCGCAGGUCUCUUCUUCAUUAUGGGGUACCAGGCGCUCGAGGGGAAUGGCAUCACAGCCAAGGUCUUGUACUUGUGUCGGGAUAGGGCACUUACACCCGGUGGGCACCCCCUGAAUGCGAUACGCAGGCGUGGUGCUGUGUGGGGCUUUGUCGCGCUUGAGAUUCUGGGGUUUGGGGCUACAUUUGCUAUCACCCAGACCGUGGCUGCGGUGGGGUUUCCGGUGUUUAUCCUGGCGCUUAUUCCGGUCAGGGCGCUGUUAUUGCCGAGGUGGUUCACGCCACAGGAGUUGAACGUAUUGGAUGCGCCGACUGCGAGUCCGUUUACCAUGGAGAGUGUGGGGGGGAGUUAUGGGGGCGCGCAGGGGCACGGGUAUGAUGGUCAGGCCCGUGGUGAGGGUGAGGUGGAGGGCUUUGCGGGAACGACUGCUAAUGGAGAGGAUGCGAAGGGGGUUAUGCUGCAUGGGUUGCUGCUGGGGAGGAAGAGUGAGGAGGAGCUGGCGGAGUUGGGUGAGCAUAGAGGGAAGGCAAGGAUUCAAGGGGAUGUUGGGGCUAGUGGGGAUAAUAUUGAGAUGGGAAGGGUGGGUGUUAGCAGGCGGGGGACGUCGAGUCGGAGGGGCGGUCUUGAGUAG